GGGGGGGGGGUGUAAUUAAUGCAUUUUUUUUUUCAAAAUUAUCUUUAUAUAACACUAAUAAACUGCAAGGGAAAUCUGAUGUAACCUGGCUCUUCACCGUUGUCGAACACUUGGCAUGAAAAUAAAAGGCAGAAAUCCGUAAAUAUACAAACAGUUCGACUACUGAUUUCAUCAACUAAUUCAUGUAUUGUAUGAGCACAUAUGAGAAGAAAAUGUGAAACUUGCGAUCUGUCGUAGCAUUUUCAUCUAACAUAUCUCCCCUUCUUAAUUGAAUUUUCGACUCAUUCCUUUUUUGGCAGCCUAUGGGAAGGAAAAAAAGAUAGAAAAAAGACAGAAGGAGGAAAGACCUUUUGAAAGAAUCAGGAAAUGGGGGAAAAACCCUAUAAUGGAUUCAAGGAGAUUAGAGAGAAGUAAAAAUGGGAUAAACUUGGAACCCUCUUGGAGCCUUCCAUCUCCAUGGAGAAGAAAGGGAUAAGGAAAAGGAGUUCCGAUAGAAAAGAUGGGAUAACAAAAGGCACAAAGGAUAAAGGAAAGGAAGAAGGGAGAUAGACAGGCAAUCGCUUAUUCAAACAUUCUGAAAUCCCACAUCUCAAGGACUUCAACUCGUAUGGCAGCUUCUUGGCACCUUAUAGCAUCUCUAAAACCCUACCCUUCACACAAUAUAAUACCAUAUAAGGCCUUUAGAUUCAGUCUUGGACACUCAAAUCUAUACACUAAAACCAAAAAUACAGCAAGCUUAUUUAUCCAAACUAUUCUGGAACUCUAAUAACUAACCUGUGGUGUUAUUAUUUUUCGUCUGUGAAGCCACAUCACAUCAAACCUCUUGUUGGAGAGAACUGUUCCUUGUGUUUAUCAAGAGAGUGAAGCAUCAAAGUAUCUUGUGACAUUGGAGAAUCUGAUGCUCUAAUACGAAACUAAUGUAACCUGGGUCUUAACAGCUGAUCAAACUUGAAAUUGAAUAUGAAAAGAAAAUGCAACACCUGAGAUCUCUUAGAAAUUUCAUCAAAUAUUUGCUGGACAGCUUUACUUCGAACACUGUUUAGGCAAACUCGGUUGUUUUUCUAAGAGCUUUUUUCAAACACUUGUAGGGCAGAAUUUUCUUAGGAAUUACUACCUUUUUUGGUAGAAUAUGAGAACGAACAAAGGAUAGACCAAAGCGGGAAGAAGGAUAAGUGAAGGAACGCUUGAAAGAAUGAAGAAUGGGGGAAAGCCUAGAAUCCUUUAGGGGUCUUGAAUCCACAUGAGAGUGUAGAGAGAAGUAAAGAAAUUGGAGAAAUCUAGAAUCUUCUAGGAGCCUUGAAUCCAGAAAAGGUUAAGGAAAUGGAGUUCCAACUACAGAGAGAUGAGAACAGAGUACAAAGAAGGAGAUAACAAAAGGCACAAGGGAUAUAUGAAAGGAAGGAGAGAUAGAGAGCCAAAGGUUCACUCAAACAUUCCAAGAUCUCUUGAGGGUUUCAACUUUCAACUGGUGUUGCAGUUUUGAGGCACCUUUAUUGCAUUUCCAAAAAACCCCAUCAAUAUGUUAAACUUGCAAGAUGACUUCGAAACCGAUAUUAAUGCCCUACAAAGCCCUCAAAAUACAAACUCUUGGACCCCGAAAUCCACACUAAAAUUGAAAACAUAGUAAGCUUGUUUAAACAAAUUGUGCGGGAAAAAAAAUUGACAAUCAUUGAACAAUAAAGAAUUUUGAAGUUAGGCCCCUGGUCUGCGGAUAUCAACUUGUCCAUGAACUACAAAACCAACAAAAGGUUAGAGAUCCCUCAAGCAUUGAGCCUGGGGAAGGCUCUCCGAUGUUGAAGCCAAUAUUGUGAUCAAUACAAUAGCCUUCCCUUAAUCCCUUAUUUGUCGGAAGUAUAGACAUAUCUUACACGUAAAGAAGUCAUGUCUAAUUUGUUGACGGUGCAUCAUAACUUGUAAAUAAAGUUGUUAUCUUUGGGUGGUAAAGUGCGCAACAUUUAAUUGAAAGUUGUAGACAUUAGUUUUUGACUUUGAUUUCUCUUGAAAUGUUUUUGGUUUGUUACUGGAGAGUGUGCUUCCAAUUGGUGAAUCAGAUGGUGGCUGCAAAGUGCUGUCCCAUGUUGACACGAUGAUGAUAGAUGAUGGACCCCACAUGUGAUGCUUGCAUUUCUGGUGAAAAAAUGUGUCCUUCCAGUUGCCCCCAACUUCUAUAUCCUUCGUAGGACUCAUGAAGUGCAAGCUACUUAGAAUAUCCCUGUCUUCUGUGGUGAGAUACAACUAAGGUGAGAUGAUUGCAGAAAGCUUUGAGAGGAGAUGAACACUCAAAUGCAAUGUAUAACAAGUGAGGACAAAGCCCGAAUAUACUAGCUUUCCCCCAGGCAGAAUACCCCCGGUUAAUGAGUAAGGCUUGGUGAGUUUACAAACAAUGAUAGGAUUCUUAGAAUCCUAAUAACCAAGAGAAACCGAAGUCAAGAAGUAAGGCCUGUGACUUUCAAUUAAAUGCCGCGCUCUUAACUAUGCAAAGACAACAACUUCAUAGACAAGUGAUGCCCCCCCAUCAACCAAGUGCAUAUGAGUGCUUCACUGGUAAGAUGUGCCUAUGUUUUCUAUAAGUAGGGUGUUGAAAGCUUAUAGUAGGGGAGGAUCAAGUUGAGCACCCUGCUCUGUAUUGUACACUCAACCCACUUCUGAUUGUAUAAUUGCUUAUGAUAUAUUGACCACCAUAUUGACUUAAGUAUUAGAGUACCUUUACUCAGUUCAACCUCAAGGGGACCGCCAACAUUUUAUCAGUUUUACAGUUGAUGGACAGGCUGGUAUCCAAAGACUAUGAGCUUCACUUCAACAUUUUUUGUUGUUGAUUCAACAAUUGCUGGAUUUUUUUUUUCGGUGCAACACUAGUUGUGUUUUAUCACAAAAGCAUGGAUAUCUGUAGUAGCUUUUACCCCCUCCUGUGUACUACGAAGGAAAUGAAAGUUGGGGGACAAUUGGAGGGACAUAUUUUUACCAAGAAUGGGACUCACCAAUUACAUCGAUAUGAAAAAUUGAUGAGACUACUUGGGUGAUAAAAUGAAGGCAAGUUACCAUCAUGGGCCCCAUAAUAUCAAAUGUAAAAAUGGUUAGUUUGCGCACUCAGCUACAUAUUUUGGCACACAAUUCAGUGAGGACUUAGCUUUUUCGUGACAAGAAAUAGGCAUACCAAGUCAGUCUUUCAUAUUGAAGCUGAAUAUUGCAGCCUUUAUGCAUUUGGCCAAACAAAGCAAUUAACUUUCGCUGCUAGUCAAGUCGCACAUUCAGCCAAUCGAAAACAAGAACUUUGUAAAGUGAUGUCAAACUCUUCUAUAGAGGUAGGGGUGGCCUAGGUAUAUAUACCUCGUUCUAAACUGUACACUAUUGAUUAUUUUCCUUGCUUCAUACACAUGCAAUAUUAACUUAAACAUCUAACAUUUGGGGUUGAUAUCUGAGGAUUAGGGGCUCACUUCAACAUUCUUUCUUGUCGACUCAAUGAUUGUUGGAUUUUUUCCAUGCACAAACUAUUCUAGAAUUCUACUAACUAACAUGUGGCGUCAUUAUUUUUUUUUUCUACAGAACUGCAACACACCCAAAUGGUAGUGGGGACUGUAUCUAGAAAAUCUGUAAAAAUGAAAAAGGUGCUUAAUAUGUCUGAAAGAUACCCUUGCAAAAUGAGUGGCGGUGUGUGAUUUGUGAUAAAAUGUUGGGGCUUAUAAGAAAAAUUAUCCGAGAUGAUUGAUAAAACAAAGUGAAAAACUGGACUACCUAUAUGGUAAAAUCAAGGCAUAGACUCCUUGAAAUAGCUAAAACAAGUUGGUGAGAAAUUAGAGAAACUAUGAACAAUAAAGUAUGGCGAGCCUUUUCGUUGUAAGUCUCUAUAGCACACACCAAGCAUUUUUGGAAGGUUUUUUAUGAGUCUGUUUAUGAAAAAUUUCCUAUUGGUUUACUUGAAAUGUUUGAACAACUGUUCUAAGCUUCCGACCAAAGGACGAGUUUUCUGGAAGCAAUCCCCCGCCCAUCCUUAAGAGCUACAUAUAGCCUAUGACAUGAGUACUUAUCUUGCAUUGAGCCAUUUCAGACUUACAUACUCCACGCAUAGGUGAUGUUACCUCCACGACACAUACACAGGGCCUUAGCUAGUAGAUGAAAAUCUUAUAAAAUGAUGUAUUGGUCUAUCAAUAAUUGCAUUCAUUUCAUGGCAAAUCCUUAGAAGUGUCUUGUUCAGUGUUUAUCAACCUGAAUGAUGAAUAGGUGGGAAAAAGUUUCUAUCCGGCUCAUUUAACUUUCUACUUGUACUUUCCAGAAAAAAAAACUGUCUACUUGUCUUCUUUGAUUAUGAAAGUGAAACAAUCUUCUGUUACUUUUGAAUGCAUCUUCCAUUCGAUUGAUGUAUUCUAGGUCAAGUAUGUUAAGAAACUUAUUUUUUUGGGUAAAAUGUUAAGGAACUUAAAACAUAUAAUAUUAGGGUGAUAGAUAAUUAGGUACUCUGUGAGAUCUCUUGCUGCUAAAUGGGCGACCGGCAACACUAAGAGAGGGAAAUUAGUGUGAAUACAAAUCCAUAUAGCUAGUGAUAAUUCAAUCCGAUGGUUAAGUUUGGCUUAACAAGUGGGGGAUAAAGUGUUGGUUAUAUUGCUUGAUCAAACGGCACAACUUGAAAAACUUAAUUAGGAAUGUCACCUUCUGCAUGCAUGCACAAUCUUUCAGAUGUUAAUGCAACUCAUAAGUCAAUUUAGGAGGAAAUGUGGAAAAAAAAUAUAUCAACUUCAACGUGCAUAAAUAGCAAAUAGAAUAAGCAGUUUUAUUCCUUCCAGAAUCAAAAGAGGAGUUGGUCAACCUUUUGAGGUUUGUUAGUUUGUUGCAAGUAGAUUAUUAGUGGUGGUAAAAGUCAAAUGGGGGCCAAUCUUUGCAUUUAAAAUUAGCCCGGGAAAUUUCGAGGGGAACCACUGUUACCUCUGUUCAAUAUUCACAUGAAAGUUUGGUGAAUAUUUGUUUUAUUUUCUUUCGAAUGUUGGAAGCAGACAUGAUACAUUGCCAUUUGAAGCUCACCACGCCUGCUCUGAUUUUAAGAAUCUGAUUACAUGGCUGAAAUGGCAGCACCUUUACCUGCUUACAAACUUGGGUUCCGUUUCAUACCUGGUUUAACUUUUUAUGUUACAUAGAUCUCCAUAUAUAAUAGUAUAACUGAUGCUAUCAAAUCUGCUGUCUGCAUCUUGUUGAACAAAGGUUUCCAGCUUGUCAUUAUGCUACAAUUAAAUAGUGGAUGAAUUUUCUGGUUAUUCCACGAGCAGUUCUAAACACAUAACAAAACCAUUCAUGCUUAAAAUAGUUUUGCUCUGCAUCACUUGGUUGAAUAUCGUAUUUUUUUCACUGCUGGAUACAUGGUGUCUAAAUCUAAUUCCAUCUAUGUAGAAUGGACAAAGGAGAGACCCUGAAGGCAUCUUAUGUUCACACUGUCAGUCCCGUGAGUGGAACUGAAGUUGCUGCCGAAAUGACGCACAGUUUUUCAUCUUAUCAAAACAGUUUUAGCUUUGGAAGUGCCCAUGCUGUUGAUCCUUUAACUGUGGUGAAAACGCGAUUCUCUGAUGACGGGAAGAUUGCAAUGCUAUGCCAACGGGAAUGGAGGCCCAAGUCUCUGAUAACUUUUUCGUCUGAGUAUGACUCAAAAUCCAUCAAUUCAACCCCCAAAUUUGGUCUUGCUCUUGCGCUUAAGCCCUGA